CGCUACACCCUGGGAGCCAGUUCCAGGAUUCAGAAGUCUAAUCUACGCAUCGUGGAAGGGUAAGCUUGGCAGUGAGAGGGCCCAUCUCGUGAAGGUGGAACACAGCAGAUGGACAGCAGAGCAGGUGGAGCUGAGGUUUUAUGGCACCAUCAUAGUGUCAGAGAUUAGCAGAGACUUGCAGAGAUCAAUGCAGAGGUUGGUGGUCUCUUUUACCACUCUUCGACCAGAGUUGUUCCUUUGGGUUGGUGGUACUAAGUCUGUGGAGUUGAGCGCUGUUGUUAGCUCUGCUGCGUUGCUUUUUUCGUGUUUGCCCAUCGGCAUCGUCACAUAGAUUCUUUUUUCUGCUGAAUAAGCACUGGUUUGCUCCCGCUGGGUUACGACAACUUGGGCAAUACCUUCCCUGAAGUCAAUUCCGUCCAAUGAGCCACGAGGAGAAGUAUUCUGAGACGUUAAGACAUGUGCCCGAUGGUUUUUCGUUCAAGCAAUUUGAUCCUUGCAGAACGUGUUGAUUGUCUUUACAGAUAAGUGAAGUGCUGUCACGAUGUUCAAAGCCUACAGGGUUGGUGGCACUGCUUUUGCCACUGAGCGGUCGUUCCGUCUGGUGCCUCUUGUUGUAGCUGUUGCAACACUAUGCGGCAUUUCAUUCUACCUGGGGAACUUGUACAGCACUGAGAAGUCAAAUAUUGAUGACGUGAUUAAAUCGGAAGAGCAGGUUUCUGGGAGGUCUGGAAAUUGUUUCCAGGUUAACAAGGUUGAUCCCUUUCCAGAAUGUAAUAUCACAUUACAAGAUCACACUCCGUGUACCGACCCUAAGAGAUGGUUUAAAUACGACAAGCAUCGUAUGGCUUUUAGGGAGCGUCAUUGCCCUCCACGCUCUGAGCGAUUGCAAUGUCUCAUUCCGCCACCACCUGGCUAUAAAGUUCCUAUUCAUUGGCCAAAGAGUCGGGAUGAAUGCUGGUACAGAAAUGUUCCGUAUGAAUGGAUCAACAGUGUGAAGGCCAAUCAAAACUGGUUGAAGAAGAAAGGUGAGAAGUUUUUCUUUCCUGGUGGAGGUACGAUGUUUCCUAAUGGUGUGGGUGAAUAUAUCGAUCACAUGGAGGAACUCAUGCCAGGAAUGAAGGAUGGCUCUGUUCGAACUGCCUUGGACACUGGUUGUGGGGUAGCCAGUUGGGGAGGGGAGCUUCUGAAUAGGGGCAUCUUGACCAUGUCUCUUGCUCCUCGAGAUAAUCAUGAAGCUCAGGUGCAAUUCGCUUUGGAGCGCGGAAUUCCUGCAAUGCUUGGAAUCAUUUCAACGCAGAGGUUGCCAUAUCCUUCAAAUUCUUUCGAUAUGGCUCACUGCUCCAGAUGCUUGAUACCCUGGACUGAGUUUGGUGGAGUAUUUCUUUUAGAAGUUGACCGAAUUUUGCGACCUGGAGGCUUUUGGGUUCUUUCUGGUCCACCAAUCAAUUAUCAGACAUGGUGGAAGGGUUGGGAGUCAACUGAAGAGAAAGAGAAGGCAUUGCUGGAUAAAAUUGAGGAUCUGGUGAAGAGGAUGUGCUGGACGAAGUACGCAAUGAAAGGAGACCUUGCUGUGUGGCAGAAACCUUUCGACAACAGUUGCUAUGAUGAGCGUCCUGAAGAGACCUAUCCGCCAGUAUGUGAUGACGCUAUCGAGCCAGAUGCUGCAUGGUAUGUGCCCAUGCGGCCAUGUGUUGUUCCUCAGUCCAAGUUAACGGAGAAUAUUGCUGUUGGUAAGAUUGCUAAAUGGCCAGCUAGGCUCAAUACUCCCUCCGACAGAUUGAAACUUGUAAACAAAAAAGUUUAUGCAUUCAAAGAAGACACGAAAUUAUGGCAGCAAAGAAUGUCGCAUUACAAGAACUUGUGGGCGGACUUGAGGACGAAGCAGAUACGGAAUGUCAUGGACAUGUACACAGAAUUUGGAGGUUUUGGAGCGGCUCUCAUCAAUUCUGAUGUGUGGGUCAUGAAUGUUGUUUCCUCGUACUCUGCCAACACACUAGGCAUCGUCUAUGAUCGGGGCUUGAUUGGCGCAGUGCACGACUGGUGUGAGGCAUUCUCCACGUAUCCAAGAACGUACGAUUGGAUCCACGUCGCUGGACUUUUUACGGCUGAAAGCCACAGGUGUGAGAUGAAAGAUGUCUUGCUGGAAAUAGAUCGUAUCCUUAGACCGGAGGGCAUUGUCGUGCUGCGUGAUGCCCUAAACUUUAGGGAGAAUGCUAAAGUCCUGGGAGAGGCCAUGCGAUGGAAAUGCUCUAGCCACGACACUGAGGUUGGUCCUGCUGACACUGAGGGUCUACUAUUCUGCAAGAAAACCUUCUGGGAAUCAUCCGAAGCAUCAACUGUUUAAAUUUUCGCUGGCCCGCUUUUAUGUGACCCUUGAUUUGGUGGCCACUCUUCUACCACUGUCAUACCUGUGUAUAAUCGCUACCAGCCCUUCAGCGCGCUGGAUACCAUGCCGUCUUGUACUUCUAACAAGUUACUGGAAAGCUUUUUGCAACACAUGAUAGCAUGGUAACACAAGAAUGACUUGGUACUCUAGAUAUCGCUGGGAAUUUUAGUGAAAGAUUCAUAUUAUAUAUGAUGUUUCAAGGAUGUGAACUCUUGCAAUUGACAUCUAUUUUUCCAAGUUUGAGAGGUUGUGGCUAUUUCGCACCAUUUAAACUGCUUUGGUAUGAAUAUGCGGCACCAUCUGGAGAAGUUUUCCUGAACCACAAAAGAAUUUCCUUCUCUA